CUCCCUCCGCCCUGCUCCCUCCGCCCUCCCAGGGCUCCGGCGGCCGCGGAGUGAACGGAACGGGACGGGCCCGGCCGCAGAGCGCGGGCCGGCGGGUGGGACGCGGGCGCCUGGCGGAGUUGUUCCGGCCCUGUCCGCGGAGACGUGAGGAGGUGGAUGUGGGAAGAGAAGUUUACAGAACUGAAAUGGAGGUCAGAGCUUCAUUACAGAAGGUUAGUGGGUCAUCGGAUUCUGUGACUGCACUGAACAGUGAAGAAUUUGUUUUGGUUCCUCAGCAUGCAGAUGAUCUUUCUACAAAAGAUGAUGAAAAACCUGAACUGAAGAUAGUUUCUAAUGGUGAUGAACAAUUGGAAAAAGCCAUGGAAGAGAUUUUGAGAGAUUCUGAGAAAGGGCAAAGCAACCUUCUUGUUGAUUGUUCAAGUUCCAGUGAGAUUUCAGACCAUUCAUUUGGAGAUGUUUCAGCCAGCCAAACAAAUAAGCCAUCUCUUCAGUUAAUUUUGGAUCCAUCAAAUACAGAAAUUUCUACACACAGACCAUCUUCUCCAGGUGGAAUAGCUGAAGAAGAUAGUGUUUUAUUUAACAAACUGACCUACUUAGGAUGUAUGAAGGUUUCUUCCCCACGUAAUGAAGUGGAGGCUUUACGGGCAAUGGCAACUAUGAAAUCUUCCAGUCAGUACCCCUUUCCUGUUACUCUGUAUGUGCCAAAUGUUCCAGAAGGUUCUGUGAGAAUCAUAGACCAAUCUAACAACAUGGAGAUAGCAUCUUUUCCAAUCUAUAAGGUGUUAUUCUGUGCACGUGGACAUGAUGGAACAACAGAGAGCAAUUGCUUUGCAUUUACAGAGAGCUCCCAUGGUUCAGAAGAAUUCCAGAUACAUGUUUUCUCCUGUGAAAUUAAAGAGGCAGUAAGCAGAAUUUUAUAUAGUUUCUGUACAGCAUUCAAACGUUCUUCUAGACAAGUUUCUGAUGUCAAAGACUCAGUUAUUCCUACCCCCGACAGUGAUGUGUUUACCUUCAGUGUCUCCUUGGAGGUAAAAGAAGAUGAUGGAAAAGGAAACUUUAGUCCUGUGCCUAAGGAUAGAGAUAAAUUUUAUUUCAAGUUAAAACAAGGAAUAGAGAAGAAGGUUGUGAUUACAGUGCAGCAACUUUCAAACAAAGAAUUAGCUAUUGAAAGAUGUUUUGGAAUGUUAUUAAGCCCAGGUCGAAACGUGAAGAACAGUGACAUGCACUUACUGGAUAUGGAAUCCAUGGGAAAGAGCUAUGAUGGGAGAGCUUAUGUUAUCACUGGCAUGUGGAACCCCAAUGCACCAAUAUUUCUGGCACUUAAUGAAGAAACCCCCAAAGAUAAACGAGUGUACAUGACUGUGGCAGUGGACAUGGUAGUCACGGAGGUGGUGGAGCCUGUCCGCUUUCUCCUGGAGACAGUAGUACGUGUGUACCCUGCAAAUGAGCGAUUUUGGUAUUUCAGCAGAAAGACUUUCACAGAGACUUUCUUCAUGAGGUUGAAACAGUCUGAGAGAAAAGGCCAUACCAGUGCUGGAGAUGCAAUAUACGAAGUGGUGAGUCUACAGCGAGAGUCUGAGAAGGAGGAACCAGUCACACCUACUAGUGCAGGGGGUCCACUGUCACCACAGGAGGAUGAAGCAGAAGAGGAGAGUGACAACGAACUCUCAAGUGGAACAGGUGAUGUGUCUAAGGAUUGUCCUGAGAAGAUCCUAUAUUCUUGGGGAGAAUUACUAGGAAGAUGGCACAGUAACCUUGGUGCACGACCGAAAGGGCUGUCCACUCUGGUGAAGAGUGGUGUUCCUGAAGCAUUGAGAGCAGAGGUAUGGCAGUUAUUAGCAGGCUGCCAUGACAACCAGGCAAUGCUGGAUAGGUACCGACUUCUCAUCACAAAGGACUCAGCCCAGGAGAGUGUCAUUACUAGAGAUAUUCAUCGUACAUUUCCUGCACAUGAUUAUUUUAAAGAUACCGGAGGAGAUGGCCAGGAAUCACUCUAUAAGAUCUGCAAGGCCUACUCUGUCUAUGACGAAGACAUUGGGUACUGUCAAGGCCAGUCUUUUCUUGCUGCUGUAUUGCUGCUGCACAUGCCAGAGGAACAAGCGUUCUGUGUGUUGGUGAAAAUCAUGUAUGACUAUGGCUUACGAGACCUCUACAAAAACAACUUUGAAGAUCUUCACUGCAAAUUCUAUCAGUUGGAGAGACUAAUGCAGGAGCAGUUGCCGGACCUGCACAACCACUUUUCUGAUCUGAACCUGGAAGCGCAUAUGUAUGCAUCCCAGUGGUUUCUCACUCUUUUUACUGCCAAGUUCCCACUCUGCAUGGUCUUCCACAUCAUUGACCUCCUGCUUUGUGAGGGUUUGAACAUAAUCUUUCAUGUAGCGUUGGCUCUCCUAAAGACCUCAAAGGAAGAUCUUCUGCAGGCUGAUUUUGAAGGUGCUUUGAAGUUCUUCAGAGUUCAGCUUCCAAAGAGAUACAGGGCAGAGGAAAAUGCAAGAAGGUUAAUGGAGCAGGCUUGCAAUAUUAAGGUACCGACCAAGAAGUUAAAGAAAUAUGAGAAAGAAUAUCAGACCAUGCGAGAGAGCCAGCUGCAGCAGGAAGACCCGAUGGACAGAUACAAGAGGGAGAACCGGAGAUUACAGGAGGCCAGCAUGAGGCUGGAACAAGAGAAUGACGACCUUGCCCAUGAACUCGUAACCAGCAAAAUCGCUCUGCGGAAUGACUUGGAUCAGGCAGAGGACAAGGCAGACGUGCUGAAUAAGGAGCUCCUCUUGACCAAGCAGAGGCUGGUGGAGACUGAGGAAGAGAAGAGGAAGCAAGAGGAGGAGACGGCGCAGCUAAAAGAAGUCUUCAGGAAACAGCUAGAGAAGGCAGAAUAUGAAAUAAAGAAGACCACGGCGAUCAUUGCUGAGUAUAAGCAGAUCUGUUCCCAGUUGAGUACCAGACUGGAGAAACAGCAAGCAGCCAGCAAGGAGGAGCUGGAGGUGGUAAAGGGCAAGAUGAUGGCAUGCAAACACUGCAGUGACAUUUUCAGCAAGGAGGGUGCUUUGAAAGUAGCGACCAUAAGCAGAGAGGACCAGGGAAGUGAAUCGGAUGAUGAGAAGGACUCUCUUAAGAAGCAGCUGAGGGAGAUGGAGCUGGAAUUGGCACAAACCAAACUGCAGCUGGUAGAGGCCAAGUGUAAAAUCCAGGAACUUGAACAUCAGAGAGGAGCCCUUAUGAAUGAAAUCCAAGCUGCAAAAAACUCUUGGUUUAGCAAAACCCUGAACUCGAUCAAAACGGCCACGGGCACGCAGCCGCUGCAGGUGCCACAGGCCGCCCAGCCGCCCAAGGAGAGCACAUAGUUCCCGCCUCGCCCGAGCACAAGAGCACAAGAAUCAGAGCGCCGGAAGCCCAGGAGGCUUGUCCCUGGCGUCCCUUUGAAGGGAAGUAAAGGAGGCCAGAAAGCAAGCCAGACUCUUUCAGUAACUCUCACUCUUUCUCGUAUGACACUUUUCAAAGGGAUGUUCUUUAAACUAAGCUGAUUUAUGUUGAAUACCUGUCUCUGAGCUUCUUCAUGGAAGGCCAUGUUCAGAUCCAUCAUAGUAUUAUUAUACAUCAUUUUCUAUGCCUGAUGUUUGGUUGGAAAUCAGUAAUUCAGAACUAAACACUUUUUACUUAGAACUAAUUACCCAUAAUUAUUUUUAUCUUAGCAUAAAAAUGGAGGUGUCUUUUAUUCCAAGGUUGAAGUGAUAGGGAGAUAUUUGUCACAGAAAAAAAAAAAGAUUGAAACCUAAACCUCUUAACUUUUCAGGAUUUAUUUAGAUAAAGCACACUGUGGGGCCAGUCGUGACCCCUGUCAGGCAGGUUUCUUCCUGAAAGUGAUUCCCUGGAUAGUGAUGAUCCCAUUUAAAAGAAAGAACAGACUUGGGAUUGAACAAUUCCCAAAGAGAAUGAGUUUAUUUUUGUUUUCUGUUGGGGAGAUCUGGAGAUGAAGUGCCAAGAACCGUGGAAUUAGAUAGGCUAUUGAGAACACCAACCAGAUAAAAGGAACUGAUUUUCAUAAACGCAGGAUGAAAUAAAUCCUUUGGGGCCUGGUAUUCUAACAGGUCGUCUUAAGAACUCCACACAGGAACUGUAAGUUCCCAAGUAUGAAAGCUGUGACUUCCGGCAAACAGAGUCAGGAGUGGACUCUGUGUGUUGCAUCUUUAGGGAACCUUCACCAGAGAAGCCUAGAAAGACCCAGGAACAGCCAUUGUGCUUAGACUGGAAUAUAGGACCAGAGACAGAGUAUUUCAUUUAAUGUUGACAUAUACUUGCUAAAGAAACACUAAUAUACCGUAACUUUGUUAAAGUUAUGAAGUGGGAAACAGAGGUCAGCUUCAUAUCAUCUUAGUUUAAUGUUAGGCAAGUUUUUCUGAUUUCUGUAGCUUCCUAAAAAUGUGCCCUUGGUACCCCUAGAUGAAGAGAUGCAAAUGCAUUUGUAACAUUUUUGAUUGCAUAUAAAACCUUUAUAGAAAUACUUAUCUCAUGGAAAGGUAAAGCUAUUGUUUAAAAGUUGAUGGAAAUAUUUUUUUCAAUUAUAUUUAACAUGUCUUUAUAAAUAGUCCCUGCAGGAAAUCCUUUGGUAAGGGAAAAACUAAUUUUCCCAUUUUUUUUAAGCUACAACGGAGGCCUUUGGUCCUUUUACGCCAACCAAACUGCUGUCGGCUGUGUACAGUAACAUUUGUUGACACUCAUCCUUAGCUUCAUUGUUGAACAUGUUCUUUGCAAGGAUCUUAAACUCUGUAGUGCCAAUGCGAUUCUCAUCUGUGCCAUACGUUGCAGUUAAAAGUAACACCUUCUUGGAAGUAAAAAUCAUAUAAGGGCCAUCUCUGCUCCGGAGCAUGCACGGAGCAUGCACUACAGGUUGCUUAUGGUGGGUCCUUUCCUCUGAGAUGAUCAUUAAACUCUCAAAGUGAAGUCCCGCUCGUGGGUAUGUGUUCAUAUCAUCUACAGCUGUAAACCUGAUGUGGUUGUUUGUUAUCCUUCAUUACACUCAUCAAAUAACACUUUUCUUACAGAAUUCUAUUUUUUUUUGGCCUGACAUUUUCACCAUAGUUUUCAUUUCCUUUCACCCAAUAGGAAAACAACUCAGCAUUCUGAGUAUCUGUGUUGACUUUAACAUUCCCUCUGUGGUGGUUUACAAAAUUCUUUUUUUUUUUCUUGUGAAAUAUAAUGACUGGAAAAUUGCAUCUUGGUACUUGUUUCUGUAAAUCACUUAGUAUAAUUUGUUAGCUUUACUGGUACUUCAUGCUUUGAUCUCAAGAAGCCUUGUACAAGUUGCCUUAUCAAAUGGCUAGCUAAAUUAAAGAUGUUCUUUUGUGUUUUGUGAAUCUCAUAA